UCUGCUAAACAGGCGUGAACUAACCGUGACGUCACCCGUUGGUUUCAACGCUGAGAAAAUGAAGCCCGGAUUUUGCUACUUCCUGGUCGCCGUUUUGGAUUUUUUGGAGCCAGUGAUGUAAAAAGCGUCAAACAGGCUGGACCGGAGAGCAGCUAGGGGCAGGAUUGGCUGAGGACUCUCUUAUCCCGCCCACGUUUUACCGCAGAGGCUUCUGUUGCUGUCUAUCAAGUAUAGCCACGCCCCCUGGCUCCACCAACUUUAAGGAUUUAUUUAAAAUUCAGUAUUGAUUUAUUUUAAGAUCGGCCACCUGAUCUCUCAUUUUGACCAUGAAAACUAACGGGAAAAAAUCCUGAGCUGUAGAACAUCAGUCUAUCAGAUUUGAUUUUUUCCAAAAAUGAAUUGGGGUCUAUGGAGCAAAAGCUUUUUGGAGCCAACCCAAGCGGACGGCGUGAUAUUGCAAGUUUUUGACACUUCCGGGUUGGCUUCAAUUCUGGAGCCAAAUGCUACGUCCAUCUUUAUAUACAGUCUAUGCUGCUAAACAUGGGAGCAUGUGACCAUCUCACUGCCUUCUGAUUGGUCUUCAGUCUGUCCUCUUCUUCUGUGGUUCCUCGCAGGUCAGCAGCUCUGAAUACCGUUCAGCUCCCUCUGCAGGCCGAUCUGAGAACUGCAGCUCCACCACCAGCUAGCCACUAACAGCUAAUAGGUGGGGCCCUGGCUGGAUGGCCACUGGAGUCAACUACUGGAGCUCUGAUGAACUCAGGUACAAGGUGAGUCCCAGUGUGUGGGCAGGUGAACAGGAGUGGAGCAGCGAAGACGGAGGGGGCGGAGUCACAUGGGAAACACAAGCCAUGGAGGUCAAAGGUCAACUCAUCUCACUUGACCCUCUCACUUGUUCGGACAGGAAGCAGAGAGAGCGAAUCGUGGAGCUGCAGGAGAGGAGGCGGACCCUGCAGGCACUACUGAGCACGCGAUUGGCUGAGCUGAGGCGCAUCUGUCUGCAAGAGGCGGAGCUGACAGGUGCGGUGCCCAGUGAAUUCCCCCUUGAGGCAGGAGAAAAACCCCCCUACAUCCGGCGAAGAGGUGGAACGUCCCGCCACGGAACCAGGAAGUGUCGAGUGGAGGAUGACGACUCUCAGCGUUCGAAGUUGAAGAAAACUUUAUUUAGUGGAGCUCUGAGGAAACACAGCGACCCUGAACACAACGCACACAACCAGACACACACACACCAUGGCAAGAGGACCGUACACAGGGGCUGCCACACAGAUGACACGGUGCGGUCAGAGAGCAGCUCCACAUCAGACUCAACACACGACAAUGAUGAAGGAGUGUCUCAGUGUCGCCCCCCGCUGGUCUCUGCCGGUUCUCCAGUGGAGGUUUUGUACCAGAACAGAACCAGGAGGAACUCAGUGCACAUCAGGUUGGACCAUCCAGAGACCCAUAAGCCCCUCCCCCUGCCUCCCCUCCAGCCUCCCCCUCCCCCCCCUCGCUCUCAGGACUCCUCCUCCUCCUCGGGGCCCUCGGACCCCGGGGCUGGGUCUGAGGGGUCCAGGACCACAGCAGCCCGCCGCAGUAACAGCUCUGACGGCCUCCUGGACCGCAUGGCCCCCCCGGAGGAGGAGGGAGGGACACAGCAGGGUGGAUUGUGGGUAAACAGCGGGCAGGUGUCCAGUGGGGCGGGGCGAGGGCGAGGAGGGCGGGGCUAUGGCGACGUCCUGUUGGACUAUGUCUGGGGUAAACGGCAGCAGCUGCAGCGGCAGCAGUCACAGGGUGGCCAGCAGCCAAUCACGUCGCAGCACCAACUCUACAACGGAUACUCCGCCCAGCAGGGAGCUCCGCCCAUCUACCGCAGUCACCACGGAGACCAGCGGCGGGUCACGGUGACUCGCACCAAAUCCUGCGGCCCGUUCCUUCCGGCACAGCAGACCGAUACCCACAAUGCCCCUCUGCCCGCCAUCCAGCCUGACCCCCACCCCCACCUGCUGCCCCCCCGGCCCCCACAGCUGCCCCCCACUCAGGACUCCCAGCUGGAGGAGGCAACCCGCAGCCUGCACAAGGCCCUGGCUUUGGAAGGUCUGAGGGACUGGUACCUGAGGAACACCAUAGGCUCCUCCCACCAGAACCAGGUGAAUGGUAAAGCCGCCUCCAAGGUGAGCAGAGGGGUCAAAGGUCAGAGCGGUGGAGGCGGAGCUCUGCAGCGCAGACGGACGACUCACGGCGUCAUCCAGCCGUCGACCUAUCAGACGGAGACGAGUCACCACCACGCUGCGACGCAUCACAAACCCACGCUGCCACACUCGGCCACGUUCCACGGACAGCCGCUGACCGGCAGGUCUGUGGAUGGCUCGCUCUACCGCAAACAGGAAGUUCCUCUCAGAGAACCAGCGGUCGACCAGCCAUCUCCCGGGACCCUAGUCUGACCCUCCGACCAAUCAGCAGCCUCAUCUGAAGCUCCGCCCACUGUGAUGUCACACAGGCAGUGAUGAUGUCACUGUCUUUGCAGACCUCAGGGCGAAGCCUCGGGAGGAGACUCCACCUGCUGGGUGGAGCUUCAUAUCAGGGACCUCAGCAGAACUGGAAUCAGGAGUUCUGCAUCCAAAGACUCGCUGGAACCCGCCGUGAUGUCACGUUCUGCUGUGAUGUCACGUCCUGCCGUGAU